AUGAAAUUGGAGGCAGAGUCAGCUUCAUCUGCAAACAUAUGCCGUUUUUUAGCUCUGAUCAAUAUCAAUGCAGUCCCCUCAACAGAAGCAAAGCUUGACCAAGUAGUUCUUUGCUGCCGGGAAAUUUUUGAGGCGCUGAAUCUGAAUGCCACGGAAGAUGCCAACAAAAAGAGUGCCCCGAAUUUGAAACCGGUAUCAGAAGGGCCUGCCGCCAAUACGGAUGACUUUCUACCUGCACUUAUUUGGGUCGUUCUCCGCGCCAAUCCGCCCCUUCUUCACUCGAACUUGCAGUUCGUCAUGCGGUUCGCAAAUGAAACCCGCCUGAACACUGGGGAGGCAGCCUACUUCUUCACAAACUUGGUAAGCUUUAUUUACUUUCGUGCCGCCUAUAACUCAUAUGCCUAA